GCACUUUCUCUCUUUGGAACUCGGUGCUCGAAGCAGAAGCGCUCCGGGAUUCCAAGCGUUAUCCAGCCUCAUCCAACAUCGCCAAGUCGCUGGCUCGACAGCUGCUGGUGGACCACGAGGAUCCGCUUCGAGAACUUGGGCUGUCCUUGGAUGCGAUCCACGCAGUUGCAGACAUGGCCGAGCUCUCCUCGCGGCAGAAGCAUCGCAUCACGGCGCAGCUGCGUGAGCUCCUUCCCAAUUUGUCCGCCCAGGCAGCAGUGGUGGAUCUUCCCCGCGCCUGCGCACGCGCCGGCAUCACGGACGAGGACUUCUUCCCAGAGUUUGCCGAUUGCUUGGCCCGCUUUUGGCCGAUGGCAGACAGCAGACAGCUGACAGCCUGCUGGCGCUCGUUGCUGCAAUGGCGUGUGGGGCCACCAGGCCUCGACCGAUGCGCAGCCGCAGUCUUCUGCGAUGCCCAUUGCAGUGCCUGGACGUCGGGCCUCUCUCCCGGUGCAGCGGUGCGACACCUGAGGGCCCUGGGUCGUCUAGGGCCCUCGGUGCUCCCAGCAUCAGAGGCCCGAGAGGAGGCCGAGGUGGCUUUGCUUGUCGCACUUCGUGCAACGCUGCUCGCUUUGCUGGCUCCUGCUGCAGAGCACUCGCUGGACAGCCGAGAUCUACUCUUGGCCAUGAACGCACUUGGGCAGAUUGCUCGCGGCGCCCAUGCCACUUCCGCAGCUUUUGUGGGAGAGUACGCCCUCUCUCUAGUGGCCCGCCGUCUCUUUCCCUUCGCUCCUCCAAUUCCCCGAAACAUGGCCGGUGAGCAGCCGAAGAAGCCGAUCGGGGGAGCCUAUGGAAUCUGGGUGGCCAAGCUGGCCGGGAACCGCUACAAGACCCUCGGGGAGGAUGUGAAGGCCGAGUACCAGAAGAAGUUUGACGAAGCUAAGGCAAAGUACGAGGCUGACAUGAAAGCCUUCCUCGAUGCCGGCGGCGAAAAGAAGGGCACCAAGAGGAAGGCCGACAAAGCGUCCAAGCCCAAGAAAGACCCUGCGGCACCGAAGAAGCCAGCCGGCGGGGCAUUUGGCUGCUUCCUUGCCAAGAACCGGGCGGCUUUCACCAAGGAAGUCGAGGGCCAGCCCAUCACGGCCAUCACGAAGCUGGCAUCCGAAAAGUGGAAGAACCUCAGCGAAGACGAGAAGAAGGUCUACCAAGCGGAGUACGAGACAAAGAAGGCUGAGUACGAAGAGGCCAAGAAGUCUUACGUGCCGCUGCCCAGCGCUGAGAAGGAGGAGACUGGUAAGCCUGCCAAGAAGGCCCGGCUGUCCAAGGAAGGGAAGGCAGUGGCCAAGCAAACAAAGGACUUGGAAAAGGAGAAGAAGGUCGCAGAGAAGAAGGAGAAGAUGGAUGCCAAG